UUUCAGCUGUUCAAAGCCGGUCUGUUUUCUCCAUUACUUUCUCUCCCGUGCUGCCGUCUCAUUCAACAAACCAUGGUGUUGGUGUCAUCAGUAGCUACACCUAUGGGAGUGGAAAUGCUAUGUGGUAGGCCUAUUUCAAAACCCGCAUUUGGCGACAGAACGAUAGCUAAUGCCGUGCUCGUUAGCUAAAUGUUUCAUUUUAAAAAUAACCUUAGCGAUUAUGAGUCUCAGCCAGCCAACAUUACCAUGGUAAGGUAGCAAGACAGCUAGUAUCCGGUGGUGGUGUUUCAGAUCCCUAAAAUUGGUAGCCUAUGUCAAUAUUGUAUUUUAUUCAGAUAUGUCGGAAGCGCUCAUCCACACAGCAAAAAGUUACAGCAAAGCCAGGAUUGUAAAUGUCACCAUGGUCAUUCUUUGUCAUUACCUACUAACGUCUCUAAGGACAAACAUGUUAAUGUAGCAAGUGUCAUACUUUGGGUUUCAUUCAUUAACAGCAAUUUGCUUCGAUCGUUCAGUAGUCUGUAAACGUUCCGCUCAGGACUCCUGGAUACUUAGUAGCCUACUCCGUUCCACAAAUCUAGCCUUCCAGUGGAGGGACUUAAUUGUAAGUAAUGUCAGACACCGUGGUCAGAAACUGUGGUAUAAAUGAGACGAAUGACGAGGACGAAGGAGAACUUCGAUCGGGCGCACCUGGCAGUGGACAUCCUACAGGGAAUUCUGUCAGACCGAAGAAGCUCAUUCUCCACAUUGACUUGAACAAUACCAUCCUGGUAUCAGAUGCCGUGACUAAGCAAGGGACUGUCGCCGCUUUGGAUUACUUUCUUUCCACGGUCACUUGGGGACAUAUGUCAAAAGGUAAGUGGGAGUGGAUAUCUGAGGCCCCCUCCCUCUCGCCACCCAGCCAAGAUGCCGUCAGUUACUACUCCAAGUUUGGCCGAGUGGCUGGCUUCACCUCAGCUGGACCGGGCCGGAAGUUCCGCGGGGUCCUGGAGGAGCACCUGGCUCUGCUGCGCUGGCCCGCAGACCUGCCUGAGGACAAGGAGUUCUCUGUGAAAGGGGAGGAUGGCAACCUGUACCACUGGAUCCUGCCUUCUUUCUUCCAGCUCCUCCAGGACCUGGCCUCCCAAGGCCGGGAGUUUGCCAUCUUGUUCCGCACUUUUGGCACUGACCUGCCCCGAGUCUUGACCGUGGUCCGCAGAGCCUUGACCCAGGGGGACCAUCCACUGUUCCCCGACCUCCCUGCCCUAAAGCUCUCUGUGAGCGAACUCCCCGGGCGGAUCCGCUGCAGUGCUAAGGGCACGGUUCUGACCCGCGGGGAGGAGAAGCUGUCGUCUCGUGACGGGGACCGCGCCAUCUACCAGUACCUCAGCGCAGUGGAGGGCCUCGGCGGCUUCCAGGACCACUUUGACUGGUGGGCCCGCAACACCUACUCCAUCUUGGGUGGUAAGCCUCUCUGGGUUGACCCUUUUGACUCCAGUGUGCAGCACAUCUUCAUUGAUGAUAACAUUCGGCAGACGGAUGAGGACACGAUUGUCCACCCCAAGGUGUUUGUGGACCCUGAGGGCUCCCAGACUCGCACCGCGUCCACGUCGGAGCUGUAUGACCUCUGCCUGGUGCAGAACGAUCUGCUGCAGGCCAUCGCCGACACCAGCUACUUCACCAAGCGCAUCCACAUCUGCCAGGAGAACUACGAGAGCAACCUCCAGCAGGGCACCAGCUAGAGGCCUGUGCCCAUUCAUCUGGCACACGGGCACGCCAGGGCGGGAGAGAGGGAGGAAACCAGGGAGGAACGCAAGACAAUUUUGAGAAUAAAUUUGAAGGAUGAAGGUUUGUUUGGUGUUUGAAGGCAGGGGGCUGUAAUUGUUUGAUGCAUUAUAGUCCUGUCUUGAGUGAAGUUUGAUGGAUGGCUUUGAAGUAGCUUUGGGCCAAAAACGUAUAAUGUAAAGGUCAGAUUAGUUUUCACUUCUUAUCCCUUUCCGCCUCCUCCACCUGGCAGUUUUUUGGGUCCUAGCACUCAGCAUCAUCUUCUUUAAAAUAAAUGUGAUGUUUUUUUCUUAAUUCCAUUUGAAAGUCUGUACUCCACUUUAGAUAAGAUGUCCCAUUUGCCAGCCUGAAAAAUUGCCAAGAGUGUCAUGACCAAAGGGCCUGUGUGUGCUGUAGCACUGAUGCCGAUAAGCGUGUUCCACUGACGACUUUUUAGUUCACUCAUGAAUGUGUCCUCAAUCCUCAUUUUUUUCCCUCAGGGUGAUUGAUGCCUAGCGUUACAAAAUGCAAAAUAUUUUUAUAGGAUUGUUUUUGUUUGCUGCUGUUUUCAAAUGGCCUAAGUCAAAAUAGAUUUAUACAUAGUAAGAUUUGGUGUGGGUAGGUCGUAAAUAGAGAGGUGAUGAAACUUGUUGAAAAGAGACCAUUUCUCCAUUAUGCUCAGUGUGCUUUUAGCUUUUAGUCCAUUUGUAAUUUGGUACAUUUUAUCCUCAACUGACUACCGAGUUCUAUUUAGACUUCACAACAAGUUGGUCAAUAACAUUUAUUAACUCGGAAGGAUGUUAAUUGUAAAUGAAGGACUAAUUGUAUUGCUGCAUGCUCACAGUGGUACAAGUACUUUAGUCUUCUCCGUCAUGCACAAACAGGUCUGUGUUUUAUGCAGGGUACAUGCACAACCGUGAUAAACAUGGAAAGCAUACAAAGCAAACCGUUUACUUCAGUGGAAUAUUUGCAUACAUCUUCGAGAUGUCCAUGUUGCUGAGGUCAGGUGAAUUCUCUGAUGUUUUGCACUGAUCAGUGGUGAGCUGUUAAAUUUUGCCUUUACAACUAAAUCAAGAAUGCAAUGUCUUCCCUCAACAACACAUUUACAACACAUUUGGAUUUUUGCAUCCCAGAGAGGAUGCUUAUAUGCACUGGAUAUUAAUAACCUGUGGGAGAUUUAGUAGCAUUGGUUAUUUAUCUCUUAUUUAUUUGAAUCUGUCAGCAUAUCAUUUUUUGUUUGUUUUCUAUUGAUUUAUUGCACUUGAGCUGACUACUUGAAGUCUUCAGAGACCAUGUGCAUAUUUUAGGAGUGUGGCCUGGCUUGAGGUAGAGUUAUGUCUUGGGCAAAGUCUACACCUAUAGAUUUUGUCAAGUAGCACGCGGAAGAACCCAUCCUCUCAUUGCACUCAGCAGAGGGAGAGAUGCUUUUAUUUUCUAGUUUCAUAGGAGAGUGAUUUUAGAAAACAGAUGUGUGUCUCCUGUGCUCACGUCACCAAAGCGAUCUACCACCAAUCCAAUGUCUCAUCUAACCCUGACAAGACAAACAGACAUGAUGGACCCACUGGGCCUUUGUGCACUGAGAAGGUCUCUCACCAUAUCUUGAAAUAAAAGUCGUGAAUGAA